AGCUGAUGGAGGAGGAGCUGUAGGAAAGGUGAGCCAUCUUCCCCCGGCAGACUGAUAGCCUUGGAGAGCUUUAGACGAGAGGGAUACGGGAUAUUAUCUGUUGAUGUCGCUGUCAUUUGGAGCCACAGACUACUUUAAAAAGCCGACGCAGCCGGUGGAAGGCGCGGGGAAAACGGGAAGAAGCGCCUCUGAAUGAGGAAUAUAGCAGCUGUUCCCGUCACACACAGAAGCUUCUAAUACUGUCAACAAAGGACGGAAAACAUCCGUAGUUAUUACCGAAAUAUUAACUGACUGACACGUAAAUAAAACAGAGAAGACGGGUGACUUUAAUACACGUGACUGUUUUAGUGUAAAGUGUGCACAUCAUCAUUAGUGCAUGUAAACAAACAGCUCCAGAAGCUAGCUGAAGUUAGCUCAGAGCGGUUAGCUCUGCAGUGCUAACAAACAGCUAAGCUAAGCUAAGGUGCUAAUAACUAAAUGUAGCCCCGCUGCAUAUGCCUACGGUGGAUGCUGGUUGUUUGUGGCUUCUGUCUGUUAGUUUGUCAGCUAUAAAUUAGCGUUUCAGGUAACCUGACCACUAAUUUCCUUCACCUGUCACUCUGGACAACGAGCUCGGUGAGGUGGGACCAGGGAGACAGUUGGCGACUCCGACUUUAAACGGUGAAAACACUGCUAUGUGAGAAGGAUGAACCCUGAGCUGCUGCCAUGUUUCAGGAGUUAAUCCAGCGCAGCUGACCGGCCGACAGGAGCUGAAUGAAGGAAAACCACUUGAUGAUUUCCUGCAGAUUUAAUCCAGAGCGUUCCUCGGUGCUAAUCUGAACCUGGACUGUGAACUCUUCGGGCAGGUUGACAAACAUACUGGACGGACUGGUUCUUUAAUCUGGUGACGGUCAGCCAAACUGAAGACCAGACUUUGGACUACCUUGCUGGUAAAGUACUUUAAAACGUUAAAGGACUGGUUUAGGGACAGAAAAGUGUUCUGUUGUGCGUUUUCUAAUGGAAACACACCAUGGCCUGGUCCUAACAUGUAGCCGUGCUUGGGCCCAUCAAUAAGCCUCUCAGCUGUGUUUUGGUUCCUCCCCUCCCCCAGUCUUCACCCUCCCCCAGCUCACCGGCAUCCCCCUGAAUCUCUGACCGUUGGAAGGCCGCAGCCUCCCCGCAGUCCUGUGGCUCCCAGCAGGUAGAAAGUGGAUGUGAUGGAUCUGAUGUUUGCCGAGUGGGAGGAUGCAGAGAGGUGCUCCUUUGAAGACUCGGACAGGUUUGAGGAAGACUCUCUGUGCUCCUUCAUCUCCGAGGCCGAGAGCCUCUGUCAGAACUGGAGAGGAUGGAGGAAACAGUCCGCCGGACCGAACUCCCCAACUGUCAAGAUUAAAGAUGGUCAGGUGAUUCCACUGGUGGAGCUGUCAGCAAAGCAGGUGGCGUUCCACAUCCCAUUUGAGGUGGUGGAGAAGGUCUACCCUCCUGUCCCCGAACAGCUUCAGCUCCGCAUCGCCUUCUGGAGCUUCCCUGAAAACGAGGAGGACAUCAGGUUAUAUUCCUGCCUGGCCAAUGGGAGUCCAGAUGAGUUCCAGCGUGGAGAGCAGCUCUACCGAAUCAGAGCUGUUAAAGAUCCUCUUCAGAUCGGCUUCCAUCUCAGUGCUACUGUUGUUUCCAGUCAGUCCGGUCAGUCUAAAGGAGCCUACAAUGUGGCGGUCAUGUUUGACCGCUGCCGCAUCACUUCCUGCAGCUGCACCUGUGGUGCAGGGGCCAAAUGGUGUGCCCAUGUGGUGGCACUGUGCCUCUUCAGAAUCCAUAAUGCUUCAGCAGUGUGUCUGAGGGCUCCAGUCUCUGAGUCCCUGUCCAGGCUGCAGAGGGACCAGCUCCAGAAGUUCGCUCAGUAUCUCAUCAGUGAGCUGCCUCAGCAGAUCUUACCUACAGCCCAGCGGCUGCUGGAUGAACUGCUGUCCUCUCAGUCUACAGCCAUCAACACUGUCUGUGGAGCUCCAGAUCCAACAGCAGGUCCUUCAGCAUCCGAUCAGAGCACCUGGUACCUGGAUGAGUCGACCCUCAGCGAUAACAUCAAAAAGACUCUGCAUAAGUUCUGUGGGCCCUCACCUGUUGUUUUCAGUGAUGUGAACUCCAUGUACCUCUCGUCCACUGAGCCACCGGCAGCAGCUGAGUGGGCGUGUUUGCUGCGCCCUCUGAGGGGCCGAGAGCCCGAGGGGAUCUGGAACCUUCUGUCCAUCGUCAGGGAGAUGUUUAAGAGACGAGAUAGCAACGCUGCCCCCCUGCUGGAGAUCCUCACUGAACAGUGCCUUAACUACGAGCAGAUCAUCAGCUGGUGGUACAGUGUUCGAACGUCAGCGUCCCACAGCAGUGCCAGUGGCCACACCGGGCGCAGCAACGGCCAGUCGGAGGUGGCGGCUCACGCCUGUGCCAGCAUGUGUGAUGAGAUGGUUGUUCUUUGGAGGCUGGCAGUGCUCGACCCCACCAUGAGCCCCUGCAGGCGGUUGGAACUGGCGAAUCAGCUGAAACAGUGGCACUUAAAAGUUAUUGAGAUAGUAAAACGAGGACAACAUCGCAAGUCCCUGGAUAAACUUUUUCAGGGUUUCAAGCCAGCUGUGGAAUCCUGCUAUUUCAACUGGGAGGUGGCCUACCCACUGAAUGGCAUUACAUAUUGCAGUGCAGAUAAAAAGAGUGCCACCUUCUGCUGGCCCAGGGCAAUGCAGCUCCACAGAGGCAUCAAAACUGUUGGUGGAGAUCCAUCUGAAUCAGGAGGAGGCCGAGCUGAAGCUGGAGCCGGGGCAGACUAUAAAGGAAGAGGAAGUUGUCACUUGUCACAACAAGAAGUGGCAGUGCGACCGAAGGAGACCAUUCUGACCAAAAGGAAGGUCUGUCGAUCAGUGGAGGGGGGGGGGGUGCUGGUCCGACUGGGAGGUAGUGUAUCUCUGUCCUUGGAAGAUAGUGGAGGGAAGUGCAUGUACAAAGGGUCAGCUUCCUCCUCUGGAGGAAAGCUGAAACUGACACAGGGAGGUGGGAAGGGGGCAUCUGUUGGAAGUCCAGGAGGAAAUGGUAGCUUGGGAAGCAGUAAGCAUGCCAGUGCUAAACGGAGAACCAGCAGUGAGGACAGCUCCUUGGAGCCAGACUUGGCUGAGCUCAGCCUAGAUGAUGGCUGCAGUCUGGCUUUGGGAGCAGAGGCCAGCAACACUUUUGAUUUUCUCCCCCCACCACCAGAGAUGCUACCCUCUCCAAGCCCACUGCUCAGAGAAUCGCCCAAAUACAGCAGCAACGGUGGAGGGAGCAAGAUUUUUGAAACAAAACAUGGCAGCCAUGGCUCAGCUGUUCUGGCAGAGUCUGAUCCACCUUGCUUUACUUCCAAAGACACCGCAGUGGGGGUUACGGACCCACCCCGCACUGCACAAAAGGAUGUGGAGGUGCAACCAAGUCAGAAGAGGGAUGAAAGCAUAGAUUCAGCUGACAACCACCAGCCUUCCACUUCCACAAUGACAGCAAGAUCUGGCAGCCCUCAAACAUCAAAACAUCGGGGCUGCAGGGAAGCAGCUUCUGCUGGAGGAGUAGCAAGCGCAGAUGGACAAGCCAACCAGGGAGCAGAGGGUGGAGCUUCUGAAGGAGAAGCUGCAGGAGAGGAUGACUAUCAGGCGUACUACCUGAGUGCUGCAUCAGAAGAGGGGGCAGACAGGCAGCUUGACAGCCACCAGGAGGAAGAGCCGGACAUCUUUGCAGGGAUUAAACCGCUGGAACAGGAGGGACGUAUGGAGGUGCUGUUUGCCUGUGCUGAGGCCCUCCAUGCUCACGGCUACAGUAAUGAGGCCUGCCGGCUAGCUGUGGAUCUAGCCAGAGACCUGCUGGCCAACCCUCCGGACCUGAAGGUGGAGCAGCCUCAGACUAAGGGCAAGAAGAGCAAAGUGUCAACCAGCCGUCAGACUCAGGUCGCCACCAGCACGCUAUCGAAAACUGCCUUUCUCCUCACCGUCCUCAGUGAGCGGCUGGAGCUUCACAACCUGGCAUUCAGCACUGGAAUGUUCUCCCUGGAACUCCAGAGACCACCGGCAUCUACAAAAGCUCUGGAGGUGAAGCUGGCCUACCAGGAGUCGGAGGUGGUGGCUCUGUUGAAGAAGAUUCCUCUGGGUCUGGUGGAGAUGUCGGCCAUCAGAGAGCGAGCUGAGCAGCUCAGAGAUGGAAAUCUGUGUGAUUACAGACCUGUGUUGCCUCUCAUGUUGGCCAGUUUCAUCUUUGAUGUCCUCUGUACUCCAGUUGUAUCCCCUACAGGCUCCCGCCCACCCAGCCGCAACCGAAACAACGACAUGCCCGGAGACGAGGAGCUGGGCUUUGAGGCUGCCGUUGCUGCACUUGGUAUGAAGACCACUGUCAGUGAGGCAGAGCAUCCUUUGCUCUGUGAAGGAACUCGGCGGGUAAAGGGGGACCUGGCUCUGGCACUCAUGAUCACCUAUAAGGAUGACCAGAGCAAACUUAAGAAGAUUCUGGACAAGUUGUUGGACCGAGAGAGUCAGACCCACAAGCCCCAGACUCUGAGCUCCUUCUAUUCCAGCAAGCCGGCGGCCGGGAGUCAGCGCAGCCCGUCCAAACACGCCACUGCUGGCCACAGUGGGGUGGGUGGUGCCACAGGGGGGGUCUCCAAACACGCCCAGUCAUCUUCAUCCACAAACACAUUGGGUGCCUCUUCCUCAAGCUCCUCUUCUGCUGUGGCGAUGGCUGGAGAGGAGGUGGCUGCUCAGGCCGACCUGAACCCAGUACAGAACAGCACUGCUGUAGAAGGUACCGCCGAGACCAGGGAGCACGUUUCAGAUGGACCUCAGUUAUCAAGCGAGCAGCAAAAUGAAAGCGCUCAAUUUAAACUGGAGGCCACAGUUCCCAGUCGGCUGGCUCUGGGAGCUCGCUGUGGAUACAGCCAGCGCUGCUGGGGCUCACCUGUCCGGCAGAAGAAGAAACACACAGGCAUGGCGAGUAUAGACAGUAGCGCUCCAGAGACGACCUCAGACAGCUCCCCCACCCUCAGCAGGAGGCCGUUCCGUGGUAGCUGGGCAGCAACAUCUUGGGGGCGGGGCCAGGACAGUGACAGCAUCAGCAGCUCAUCAUCUGACUCACUGGGCUCCUCCUCCUCCAGCGGCUCUCGUAGGGCAGGUGGUGGGGCCAGAGCCAAGAGCACAGACACCAGCAGGUACAAAGGACGACGUCCAGAGUGUCACGCUCCCCACGUACCCAACCAGCCAUCAGAGGCAGCGGCCCAUUUUUACUUUGAGCUGGCCAAAACGGUCCUGAUCAAAGCUGGAGGAAACUCCUCCACCUCCAUUUUUACUCAGCCCUCAGCCAGUGGCGGUCACCAGGGACCCCAUAGAAACCUCCACCUCUGUGCCUUCGAGAUCGGCCUGUACGCACUCGGUCUCCACAACUUUGUCUCACCCAACUGGCUGUCCAGAACCUACUCGUCUCAUGUGUCCUGGAUUACUGGACAAGCCAUGGAGAUUGGCAGUGCUGCCCUCAACAUUUUGGUGGAGUGUUGGGAUGGUCAUCUCACGCCCCCGGAGGUGGCGUCCCUGGCAGACCGAGCAUCACGAGCCAGGGACCUGAACAUGGUUCGGGCGGCAGCAGAGCUGGCUCUCAGCUGUCUGCCUCAUGCUCAUGCCCUCAACCCAAAUGAAAUCCAGAGAGCCUUGGUGCAGUGCAAAGAACAGGACAACAUGAUGCUGGAGAAGGCCUGCAUGGCUGUGGAGGAAGCAGCUAAAGGUGGAGGUGUGUACCCCGAGGUUCUGUUUGAGGUGGCUCAUCAGUGGUACUGGCUAUAUGAGCAGUCUGUGGGUGGGGGCUCCAGCCAGCAGCGGGAAACCACUGGGCGCUGUGGGGCCAAUGGGGGUCCAGGCAGGAGGCCCCCAGAUUCCAGCUGCAUCGUCCUUGACAACGGAGCCAGCAUGGAGUCUGCAGGAAUGGCAGCAGUCACUGCCUCCGUCACCGCGGCAGCCGUUGUCCCUGUCAUCUCUGUGGGCUCCACCAUGUACCAGUCCCAUGCCAUACCUGGGCAGGCAAUGGCUCAUCCCCACAGCCAGGGUCUCCACCCCUACACCACUAUCCAGGCUCAUCUCCCCACCGUCUGCACCCCGCAGUACCUGGGUCACCCUCUGCAGCACGUCCCUCGGCCCACUGUCUUUCCUGUGACUGGAGCUUCGUAUCCACAGGGAAUGCACCCAGCCUUUAUUGGUGCCCAGUAUCCGUUCUCGGUGGCCACUGGCCCCCAGCCCCCUUUGGCAGCCACCGCUGUCACCUUCCCUGGUGUUCCUGUACCAUCGAUGACUCAGAUUGCCGUCCAUCCCUACCACACAGAGACUGGCCUCCCCCUGAGCACCACAGUGGCAGUAGGCAGUGUCCACUCUGGCCCAACCAUUCAGGCUAUACAGGGUGCAUCUCUACCCACCGUCUCCUCGCAGCCUGCCUCCCUGGUGAGCACUCCCUUCCCUGCAGAAGAUGAGCAGCAUAGCCAGCCAAUCAGCCAGCAGGGCCUGCACUACCUGCACUCUGCCUACAGAGUUGGCAUGCUGGCAUUGGAGAUGCUGGGCAGGAGGGCUCACAAUGACCACCCCAACAACUUCUCCAGGAGCCCACCUUACACUGAGGACGUCAAAUGGCUGUUAGGACUUGCUGCAAAGCUUGGAGUAAACUAUGUGUACCAGUUCUGCGUUGGAGCAGCAAAGGGAGUCCUCAGCCCUUUCGUCCUGCAGGAGAUCAUCAUGGAGGCUCUGCAGAGGCUGAACCCCGCUCACAUCCACGCCCACCUCAGAACGCCUGCUUUCCACCAGCUCGUUCAGCGCUGUCAACAGGCCUACCUGCAGUACAUCCACCAUCGGCUAAUCCACCUGACGCCUGCUGACUACGAUGACUUUGUCAACAUUAUCCGCAGUGCUCGAGGUGCUUUCUGCCUGACGCCUGUGGGCAUGAUGCAGUUUAAUGACGUCCUGCAGAAUCUGAAGAGAGGGAAGCAGACCAAGGAGCUAUGGCAGCGCAUUUCCCUGGAGAUGGCAACCUUCUCCCCCUGAGAAGCAUACUGAAGGAGAGCACGCUGCCUCCAGCACAGCUUCAAUGAUCCAGACAGCCAUGAUGUCCAGCUCUGUCAAGACUGUGUGGAUUUUCGGUGCAAUCAGCUUCGGUAUCCCUGAACCACAGAACCCCAGUUCUGUGUUGGUCCACUCAGAGGUCACUUUCCGGAUUUACCGUUCAUCUUUGUGUAUCUAUGAAAAGACUGUGUACUCCUUUCUUUCUCUGUCCCCUAAACAGAACACUGACAGUGAUCUCACGCUCAUUUGAUUUCCACUGUUUUCUGUGUUUUUGUUUGUUUGUUUGUUUUGAAAGAGACCACUGAGUGUGAGUGGCUUUCAUGCUGCAACAUUCCAGUCCAGAGUGGUAGGUGCUGUUAGCCCUCAGUCAUCAAAAGCUUGUCACUAUGGAUGUGAAUUUUUGCAGUUUGGGACAAGAAAACAUUUAAUAUGAGAAAUUUAUCGUGAGAAUGCUUGAGGAUCUCUCAGAAUACAUUUUUUUUUAAUCCUUUUUGAUAAUGUAAGACAACAGCUUGUAUGCAGAGAGGAAAAGAAUGUGGGAAUCUUGGAGGUGCUGUUGUCAUGUGGGAUCCAUAUUUCCAUUUCAGCCGGCCUGCUGGGUGACAUGGAGACAGCUCCAGACACUGCGAAAGACUCCAUCAGCUGAAACAUCACUGGAACUGGGUAUCAUUGAACAGCUUUUAUAUUUUGUUUCCACCCCCACUGAAAGAACACGGACUACUAAGGUUUCUUUGUUCAAGUUUAUCUAAAGUUGUCUUCCCUUGUUCCACUGUAUUAUCCAUGAAUUUGAACAUCAUUUUUGGUAAAUAAUUCUGCUUCACAGGACAUUUCUGGACAUUUUAAAGAGGAAACCUCAUUUUAUCAGAUACAAAAUUCCACUGGAAACAACACGCAGUUUAAUUUGACCAAAGAAUGACUGAAAACAGAUAAGUUCCAUACACAGCCGGUCUUCACAGCAUCCACCACAGCAGUCCAACUACUCUGCACACCCUGUGAAGUGCAGCGUCUCACUGGAGCAAACGGGAAGCAGGUGACCCGUCCUGGAGA